UUAAUUCUAGAGACAGGAAGAUGUUCGUGUAAAACUCAAGGCCAACCCAUUUUUAGGACCUAAAGUUUUUGUCGUUCAAGAAUGUGUCCCACGCUCCGGUAUAUAUGUGUGUUCCACUGGAUUGAAAGUGAUUUUCAGCCUUUUCACGGACUGACUCUUCAGACCACAAUGAAAACUUUUACGACUGACUGAAAAGAACAAUCAGCUAAAGUGUCAAGAAAAGAAAGACUAAAAUAAGGAGAUUCAAGCGUUGUCCAUGGUGAGGUUUGGAAGUAUGUCUUACAGUGAUCAGACUCCACCCAGCUCCAGAAGAACCAGCGGCACAAACUCUGGGGCUCAAUAUGCUACUGCUGCUCUGGGCGUGGGCCUCAUUGCUUUAGGGAUUGUUAUGCUUGUGUGGAGUGUGGUGCCUUCUGGGUCAGGAGGUAACAGCUCCAAUUCGGGAUUGGAGCCCGGUCAUAUUCGGGACACCUCAUCCGUGGCCUUCGUGCUGGCGGGAGGAGGAGUCGCUCUGCUGCUGCUUUCCGUGUGCCUGAGUGUACGGAACAAACAGCGAGCAGCCAGGGAACUGCAAGCCAGCAACGCUCACGCAAACCAACAGGAGGGGGCAAGGUUGGAACAGUUAGCUCAGGGUUUCAUGGUCCCCACUUAUGAGGAGGUGGUUGGGAGUGGCCAGUACCCCAUCAGUCAAUCCUCCGGGCGGAACAACAGCACCACCCAGCUGCCGGCUUAUGAGGAACUAGUAGAAAAUCAACAGGUCAUGGAGGAAGUUUCCAGCCCAGCACGAAGGCACUCAUCCCAAACCGAGCCCAGCAAUGGGGCAGGAGGACGCAGAAAAAGCCGUCCUGGUCGCAAUCUGAUUCCCCUUAAGAUCAGACGGAUCAAAUCUGAGAAUAUGAGAAGGAAAAGCUUAAGCGAUGCCCCGCAGAGCUUUGUUUUCACCAUCGAACCCCUCACACCACCCCCACAGUAUGACGAUAAAUCAAUGCCCAUACCUCCAGACACAUAACAGUGAGUGUUUACACUAACACUGGGGUGUGAAAGUGCGUGGUGAAGUGUCUACCUCCUUUAUGAAAUGCUCCAAUGCUGAAUUUUUUGAUUGCAUGUUACUCUUCUAGAGACGAGGGACAAAGGAACGCAAAGGAUCAUGGGAAAGUAGUUUGUAAACGGUAACGUUAUUAUGGGAAGGCAAUACAGGGCAUCCUUCCCAUUCUGGUUGUACACUUUCCAGCUGUUGAUCAUGAGAAAGCCGGUCGAAAGAGCAGCUGACUCGAACUGGAUUUAAAAAAAAAAGUUUACUGAUCAUCUGGUGGUCCUUCCAUUAAACUUGAAUUUGAGCAACUAAGCUCUUUGGACCUUUUUUCAUAGGACGUCCACAAACAUUUUCACUAAACUGACACUAGACUGUAAACUGUGAGUCACUUUAGCACUGUUGCGUUGUUGCACUAAAGUCUGUGUGUUUUUGUGUGUGUGUUGUAUAAUGUAGGGCUGUUGAGCAUGAGUGCACAUGAUUUUUGUACAUUUUGUUUUAUAAAUGUAGCUACUUUUUUAUGUUAACCUUAACUUUGUUUUUGUGCAAGUAGGAUUGUACUUAAUCCUGGCCUUGUUGUCAGUGUGACAGACUGUGAGAUCAUCCGUGUGUAUGUCUUACGACACAGAGACGCUCUUUGACCCUGCAGCUGUUUGUUAUAUCACCCUUACAAGCACACAUACAACACAGAGCAUUUCUUGUCUCAUUCUUUCGCUAACUUGCAUGCAUGAACACACAGUCUUUUCAUCCCUCUGUUUUGUUGUUAAAAACAUUGAUAAUUGAUUUGUAUGAGGAGAACUGGGUUUCUUUGUCCAGUGUGGUUCAAGUGCUAUAUCAUCUGGAUUAAAUGCUUUAAACACUCCUAAUAUAUAUGUCAAUAUUAAGACACAUCUGGUUGUUAAUAAAAACAGUGUUUCGUUUUCUGGAAUUUUGCUAAUGAAACUGCAGUUUUUUAGGAAUGUGCAAAAAAUAUGUUCUCAUUGGUGAUGUAAUGAUUUUUUUGUAUGUUGAUUUAUUAUAUUUUGUAAUGUUUCCUAUUGUAAUCUAGUGAUGUAUGAGCUAUAAAAACGGUUUGGCAUUAAGAUGUUAUUUAAAGAAAAUAUCCUAAAUUAUUUUUGUUAGGAGGAACAGUAACCUCGUAGCAAAAUGAAGAAUGGGUGUGUGAGAAAUGUAUCCUAAAGUACUUUUGUCUUAAACAAUUAAAAGGUUUAUUUGAUCAUUAUUAUAAUACAUUUUGUUGAUUGGUAAUCCUUUUUAUAGAUUGUCUUUCAAAAGUAUAACAAAAUAAAGAUUGUUAAAUUGCAAAUUAUAA